UCUUUAUUACAUUUUGACCCCUUUUUUUAUUCAACUAAUUUUAUAUUUAAAAAAUAUUUCUUUCAAAUGUUCAUAAAAUGUAUUACCUCAGAUGAUCAUCGCAUUUGUUACCUAUAAUGUUCAAUUACAUAAAAUUAUAGGACAGGAUCUAUUUCAUUGCAUGCUCACUUCUUACUUGAAAUAUGUUAAAUACAACAAAUAUUUACUUAAAGUGUGAUCUAUUUCAUAACAUUUACUCGUCACCUUUAUUGUUCACUCUGAACUCUUCAAUUACACAUUAAAUAUUUAAAGAUGGGCUCUUUCAUCUGGUUCAAUACUGAAAUGUUAAAGAAAUGACAAAAAUCUGUAUUGGCCCAUAUUUUGCACACCAGGCAGAAAUAUUAUGUACAUAAUUGUGCCUAAUAUGUGUAUCUUACAUAAAAUGAGGUCAGGCUUAAAUAUUUUUAAGUAAUGAAUAUUAGUUGACAAGAUGAGGUCAAUGUUCAAAAUACAACCACACUGUUGUUAUAGGGGCCCCUGGGAGAUCAUCAGCAUAUGAACUAAUGACAUUUGUUGGCCUGAAUGAGCACAGUUGCUACACAGUCGACUUUUAGGGCUCUGUCAUCUGGGAAGUGAGACUACAUUAAAUUGCGUCUCUGGAGAGGAGGACUUAUUGGGUGCACCAGUGAUGAUUAACUGGUUUCCAAUUCACUGUUGCAAAUAGGUCUAGUGAAAUUACUACAAAUGCAGACAUGCUUAUGACACCUUAGAUAUUCCAAAAAUCUCUCAUAGAACAAUAUUGUAAUACAACAGAAGCAUAAUUCUGCUGAUUUUUUUUAUUUGUUAAAAAAAAAAAAAAAAAAGGAAAAAUGAAAAGAACUGUGAAAAUAAGGGACAGAUGAAUAUCUGGUUCUCAGGAAACAUCAGUGCCUUGCAUUUGAUAGAUAAUUUUACAUACAUUUUAAUUAGUCUUUUUUCCCAAAUAGGACAGUUUGUAACUUAUCAGUGGAUGUGAUGAAAACAAAUUGCUUCCCGUUAUUUUUUGAAGUUACAGAUUAGACGAUGAGAUGCCUAAAUAUGUAAGCUAGUCAAUAUAAGCACUAUAACUCCUUCACUUCAUUACAAAUAUAUCCCCAAAUUGCGCAGUGAAUCUGUGAUCUCUUGCAAUUGUUCUCUGCAUUUAACUGUAGGGGGCGCCAUAUAUGUUUUUGUUUUUUUGCUGCACAAGAAACUUGUACGGAUCACAAAACACCAUGGGGAGACUGUCAAAUUGACUACUUGGAGUUCUGAAAAUUUAUUAUGCACACAUUGAUGUUAGUCUGCUAAACCUGUUCACCUUUCCAUCUUUUGCAGAUGCAUUCUACGACAGACUAAAACCCAUUGGAAUCAAGGAGAGAAAGUACAUCCUAGCACUGAAGAAGAGGGAAUGCUUGAUGAAGGGCUUCCAGUUUGAUGGGCAGAUCAAUGCCUGGGACUUGCCCUACUACAUGAACCAAGUGGAGCAGUGCAAGUUUGCUGUCAACAAAGACAAACUGAUUGAGUAUUUUCCCCUGGAGGUGGUGACAGAAGGGCUGUUUGGUAUCUACGAGGAGCUGCUGGGCCUCACCUUUGAAGAGGUCAAGGGCGCUCACGUUUGGCACGAAGAUGUCAAGCUUUACUCAGCCCACGACUCCGAGACGGGGGAGGAGAUUGGACAGUUCUACCUGGACUUGCACCCAAGGGAAGGGAAGUAUGGCCAUGCUGCUUGCUUUGGCCUCCUGCCAGGAUGCAGAGGACCUGAUGGAAAACGCAGGCUUCCGGUGGCUGCUAUGGUGGCUAACUUUACAAAGCCGAGAAAAGGCUGGCCCUCACUCCUCCAACACCAUGAAGUGGAGACAUAUUUUCACGAGUUUGGCCACGUGAUGCAUGAGCUCUGCUCUAAGACCACGUUUUCAGAAUUCAGCGGUACUCAGGUGGAAACAGACUUUGUGGAAGUGCCGUCCCAGAUGCUGGAGAACUGGGUUUGGGAGAAGGAGCCACUAAGAAGGAUGUCAAGCCACUACAAGGAUGGGACACCGGUCCCAGAUGAUUUGCUCGACAAACUGAUUGCAUCCAGAGUAGCGAACACAGGUCUGAUGAACCUGCGGCAGGUUGUCCUCAGUAAGGUGGACCAGUCCCUUCACUCCUGUCCAAGUGCAGAUACAGCUCAGGUGUUUGCACAGCACUGCCAGGACAUCCUCGGUAUUCCUGCUACACCUGGUCAGUUCUACUAACAACAGCUAGAUUGUUAAAGUUGUA